AUGGGCUCUCUCUGGGGCAGCUUUAUGCUGCUGUAUGGGAUGACUUUCCUCUGGAUGGAGGGCAGCAAAGCUCAACAGACCAAAACCAAUGUCCCCCGGCUUAAACUCUCCUAUAAAGAGAUGUUGGAGUCAAACAAUCUUGUGACAUUUGAAGGCCUCACAAAUAGUUCAGCUUAUCACACACUCUUAUUGGAUGAGGAGAAAGGAAGACUGGUGGUGGGAGCCAAGGACCACAUCUUCUCUUUUAACCUCCUCAACAUCAGCGAAUAUGCUCAGAUACCUUGGCCUGCUUCUCCUACCAGAAAAGACGAAUGCAAGUGGGCAGGAAAAGAUCUCUCGAGAGAGUGUGCUAAUUUCGUAAAGGUGUUGCAGCCAUUCAACCAGACCCAUCUGUAUGUAUGUGGAACAGGAGCCUUCCAUCCUGUGUGUUCCUACCUGGAGGUGGGCAAGAAACAAGAGGACAGUGUGUUCAAACUUGAGCCCCAUGUAGAGAAUGGCAGAGGGAAGAGUCCCUACGAUCCAAAGUUGCUCACUGCAUGCAUGCUAAUUGAUGGGGAGCUGUAUGCUGGAACAUCAGCUGACUUCAUGGGCCGGGACUUUGCCAUUUUUCGCACGCUUGGAAAACAUCAUCCAAUCAGGACAGAGCAACAUGACUCCCGCUGGCUUAAUGAGCCCAGAUUUGUCAGCGUUCAUCUGAUUCCAGAAGGUGACAAUCCCGAAGAUGACAAAAUCUACUUGUUCUUCAGAGAGAAUGCUAUGGAUGGAGAACAUGCUGGAAAGGCCACAUAUGCCCGCAUCGGACAGCUCUGCAAAAAUGACCUGGGUGGCCACAGAAGCCUGGUCAAUAAAUGGACGACCUUCUUGAAAGCUCGACUAAUUUGUUCUGUCCCUGGCAAUAAUGGAAUAGACACACACUUUGAUGAACUACAGGAUGUUUUUCUUAUAAGCACAAAAGAUCCUAAGAGCCCAAUCAUCUAUGGAGUAUUUACCACAUCCAGCAACAUCUUUAAAGGUUCAGCUGUGUGUAUGUACAGCAUGACAGACAUCAGAAGAGUGUUUUUGGGUCCAUAUGCUCACAGAGACGGACCCAACUAUCAGUGGGUUCCCUUCCAGGGGCGUGUUCCCUAUCCACGGCCGGGCACAUGCCCUAGCAAGACGUUUGGUGGAUUUGACACAACCAAGGAACUUCCUGAUGAAGUAGUCACUUUUGCCAGAAGUCAUCCUGCCAUGUUCAACAAUGUAUACCCAAUUAACAAUCGACCAAUCGUGGUUAAAACAGAUGUGGAUUACCAGUUUACCCAGAUUGUGGUUGAUAAAGUCGAAGCGGAGGACGGCCAGUAUGACGUUAUGUUCAUAGGCACAGACAUGGGAACAAUUCUGAAGGUUGUGGCCAUCCCCAGAGGCUCCUGGCAUGACUUGGAGGAGGUCCUGUUAGAAGAAAUGACUGUCUUCAGAGAACCAGUUCCCAUUACGGCAAUGGAACUUUCAACAAAGCAGCAACAACUUUACCUUGGUUCAAACAUUGGCGUAUCGCAGAUGCCUCUACACCGGUGUGAGGUUUAUGGGAAGGCUUGUGCUGAGUGCUGCCUUGCGAGGGACCCUUACUGCGCAUGGGACGGCACACAGUGCUCCAGAUACUUUCCUAUGGCUAAACGGAGAACAAGAAGACAAGAUAUCAGGAAUGGAGAUCCACUCACUCAGUGUUCAGACCUGCAACACCAGGAUGAGCUAAGUGGACAAUCAACCCUGGUCAAUAAGACUGUCUAUGGUGUGGAGAACAGCAGCACUUUCCUUGAAUGCAGUCCAAAGUCCCAGAGAGCCAUGACAUACUGGCAAUAUCAAGAAUCCACGGAUGACCGAAAACAAGAGAUUAAAUCAGAGGAACGUUUUAUCUGCACAGACCAGGGCCUCCUCAUUCGGACUCUUAACAAGAAAGAUUCGGGCAUCUAUCUGUGCCAGACAGUGGAACACGGCUUUAUGCAGACGGUUUUAAAGGUAAACCUGGAAGUCAUUGACACAGAAAGACUGGAGGAUCUUGUACAUCGUGAUGAAGAUGGAGCAACCAGUGUCCAUGCCCAGGAUGUUACUUCACCAAGAGAAACUCCCAAUCAAAAACUUUGGUACAGGGACUUCCUGUCUUUGGUUAAUCACCCCACCUUGAAUAGUGUGGAUGACUUCUGUGAGCAGGUUUGGAAAAGGGAGAGAAAGCACAAGAAGCAGAAAGCUCACCUUGUGCAGCAAGCACAAGCACCCCAUCAGCAGCAGAAGGUUGUGGUUCCCCCUCAUAACCGUGUGCACGCACAAGGGCUGGCGUCCAAGUGGAAGCACCUGCAAGAAAGGCAGAAGGGACGCAACCGCAGAACCCACGAACUGGAGAGGGCUCCGCGCAGCGUCUGA